CGAGAUUCUUUUCUUUCUUUUUUGUAUACAAAAGGUGAAUAGACUAAAAUGCAGCUGAACGCAGCAACAACAUGUGAAUUACAAUGGCUAUCUCAAAUGAAUGUCAAUAUCAACACGACUGCCUCAAGAAAGACGACUAUUAUAGGAACAAUUGGUAAGAUCAUUCAACAUUAUGCAUAGAGAUAACUGUAGUGGUACAAAUUAAACUUUCUAUUCCAAACAAACAAACAAAAAAAAAGGCCCCAAAACAAACAGUGUAGAGACGAUUACACAAUUAAGAAAUGCUGGAUUGAACGUAGUUCGUAUGAACUUUUCACAUGGCUCUUAUGAGUACCACCGAUCCGUCAUUGACAAUACACGGAAGAGUACACAAAUGUAUCCUGGACGACCUACUGCUAUCGCUUUGGAUACAAAGGGUCCAGAAAUAAGGACAGGCAUAAUGAAAGAUGAUAUUGAGAUACCUAUCAAAGCUGGACAUGAAUUCCUGCUUAGCGUCGAUGACAAUUUUAAAGAGAAAUGUGACGACAAAGUCAUGUAUAUCGAUUACAAGAAUUUACCAAAAGUGAUUCAAACCAACAAAUUGAUAUACGUUGAUGACGGUGCCUUAUCACUCAAAGUGAUAGAAGUUUUAAAAGACAGUGUUCGCGUCAGAGCCCUGAAUGAUGGUAAACUGUGCUCCCGUAAGGGUGUCAAUCUUCCUGGCACACCAGUCGAUUUACCAGCUCUCUCUGAGAAAGAUAAGGCCGACCUUCAAUUUGGAGUGACGAACAAAGUCGAUAUGAUUUUUGCUUCUUUCAUUCGACGCGGUCAGGAUGUAAAGGAUAUUCGAAACGUAUUGGGUGAGAAAGGAAAGCAUAUCAAGAUCAUAUCAAAGAUUGAAAACCAUCAAGGCGUCGAAAAUUUUGACGAGAUUCUAGCAGAGACGGAUGGAGUUAUGGUGGCUCGUGGUGAUAUGGGUAUUGAAAUACCAUUAGAGCGUGUUUUUAUUGCCCAGAAAAUGAUGAUAGCCAAAUGUAACCUUGCUGGCAAACCCGUUAUUUGUGCGACGCAGAUGCUCGAAUCAAUGACAUAUAAUCCGCGACCCACUCGUGCAGAAGUUUCUGAUAUUGCUAAUGCCGUUUUGGAUGGCGCCGAUUGCGUUAUGCUUUCAGGCGAAACGGCUAAGGGUAAUUAUCCUAUUGAGGCCGUUCGUACAAUGCAUCAAACGUGUUUGCUAGCUGAAUCUGUCAUUUGUUAUCCGAAACUCUUUAACGAGAUUCAGACACUCCAGCCUCUUCCUACUACCACCACCGAAACAAUUGCAUGCGCUGCUGUCAACGCAGCUCUAGAACAAGAAGCUAAGGCUAUCUUGGUCCUGACGACAUCAGGUGCCUCAGCUGCUAUGAUUUCAAAGUAUCGGCCCUCUAUGCCAAUUAUUGUCAUUACGCGAAACCCGGCGACAGCACGUCAAAUCCAUCUCCACAGAGGUUGCUUCCCUUUUUAUUACCCUACCGCUUCCUCGAAAGAAGCCAGCAGAUUGAGUGCCUCUAACAGCACUGAUUAUUUGAGUCCAUUGGAUUUGGCUCCUUGGCAAGACGAUGUAGAUAUGAGAAUGAAGUGGGGCAUGGAGCAAGCAAUGAAAUAUGGGUUAAUCGGACACAACGAGCCUAUUAUUGCUAUUCAAGGAUGGAGAGGCGGAUUGGGUAAUACCAAUACCCUCCGUAUUCUCAUCACUCCUUAGUUGGUCAAGGAACAAAAGCGCAUUCAGUUCCCUAAUUGCAAUAUCUGCAAAUCAUAUCUUUCCAUUUGUAUGUUUUUCAAUCAUUUCGUACAUUAAAUGCUGCAAUCUGACCAUAAUAUCAGUUGUAACUUCAAACAAAUAAAACUGCAUAAACAAAAAAUUA